AUGGGUAUUACAAAACAAUAUUUACGUUAUGUGCCAUUGAGUAAUUUUAACAUUAUUUCCCAUCCUGAUUGUAACAUAGUAUUUGUUACAUUGAAUGGUAUUUCUGACCGUUUCAUCGCUGUUGGGGCCUGUGAAAAUGUAAUUAUUUGGGAUUUGCGUUUGUCAAAAUUGGUAAGUACCUACAUUAAAAGCAUCAUGUUAUUCAUAUCUAUCAGGCAGUUAUUGUUAUAAAACAUCUAAUAACCUCACAUCAGGUAAUGACAAUUGAAGAUGAAGACAUGAAAAAUAAUACAUUAAGGAAAGCAAAUGUCGUUAAAUUAACUACAACUUCAGAAAGUAACCAUAUUGCUGUUGGGUAUUCUGAUGGAUUAGUGAAUACGUUUAAUUUAAAAACUGGUGAACUUAUUGGAACAUUUCAAGGUCAUCGUUCUGCUAUUUCUGCAUUAAAUUAUAACACCCAGGGAUAUUUGUUGGCAUCAGGUUCUAAAGUAAAUAUUAUUUUUAUUAUUAAUUUUAUAAAAAGUUAAAGCUUAAUUAUUUAAUUUUCAGGAUACAGAAGUGGUAAUCUGGGAUGUUAUAGCAGAAAAAGGUUUACACAGGUUAUCUGGCCAUAAAGGUACUGUGACUGCAGUUCAAUUUAUAAAUAAGCUAAAUAUUGUAGUGACAUCUUCAAAAGAUACCUAUAUCAAAUUUUGGGAUUUGACUACAGGACAUUGUUUUAAAACUUUGGCUGGUCACAUAACUGAAGUAAGAACAUUUUUAAGCAUAGAUUUUCAAAAAAAAAAAAUAUAUUUUAAGAAUACCUAGUUAUUUUUUGUAUUUUUUAACAUAAUCCAAAUUUGUUGUUUAAUUAUAUAAAAAUAAUAUUUUUCCAAAUUUUGAAGAAUGCCAAUUAGAAAUUUGUUUCAAUGUAUUUAAACUUCAGCCUACAAUAGAAGGAACUGUGUCUCGACCAAAACUCGUCUGAGUUUGUGCAGCACUGCUAAAUAUCUCACUAACUGUAUACAUGUGGCACGUUUGAGUAGGGAAAAUAGUUCCCCUGAGACAUUGCAUGUACAAAAAGAGUUCCUUCUCUUGUGGGCUGCAGCUCAAAGUAUUUGUAGUGCUAAUUAUUACCUAACAAAAAUGGGUCUUUUGUUCCUUUAAAAAUUAAAAUUAACUCUAGUAAAAUAAAAAAAAAAAUUUACCACGUCUAGAAAUCGCAAAUAUAUAAAGGUUUAGUGAACAUUUCAGGUCAAAAUUUAAAAUCAAAAAAUGACAGCCUUAAAGUACUGUGUCUAGAAAAUUUCCAUUCAGAAUAAAGUCUACAUCCUAUACAUUGAAGUAAGCUUUCUAGUAGAAAGUGUUCACAUAAAAAAAAAUAAAGAGUUUUGUAAAACGAAACAUUCUUUGCUAUACUGAGAAUCUAAAAUUUCAUAUUUUAUGAAAUAAACUAGAUUUUAAGUUUUUAUUUCAAAUAUUCUGUUAUAUUUUAUAGAUACAUGAUAGAAACAUUUUUAAUUAAAAUAAUAACACAAUAUUCAGAUUUAUACCUAACAAACUAUUAUUCAUUAAUUGUUAAAUGAUUUCUACACGACUUUCAAUGUGGUAUUUUCAGGAUAAUAUUAAUUUAAUAUUGACCAGUCUGUAAUAAAACUAUUACUACGGUUUUAUUUACAUAUUAUUUAUUUGGAAAAUAUUUACUAUUUUUUAGUUUCAUAUUUUGUAAUCUUAUCAUUCAACUCUUUCAUUAAAUUUAUGUAUCUCAGGAGAAUUGUUUAUGAUUAUUGAGUAUUUUAUGACAGAAACUUCUUUCUUAAAUAAAUUUAUCUUAUUUCAUAUUUAAGAAUGAUUUUAAAAAUUCUUUUAAAAUUUUAAAGUUUUCUAUUAGCUUCAUUGAUUAUUCACAAAUAAACUUAACUUAGUAUUCCUAAAAUUGUUCCAAGUUCUCUUUUUAUUAUUAAUUCUUUUAGUAUUUUCUUUUCAGUUUGUUCAGAUUCUUUGUCUUUUAUCUUGAUUAAACAUUUUUUUUUUUUGUCAUUAUUAAUUUUGGUUUUAUUAUUUACGUCUACCAUCAGAUAAUGAAAAAACAAAAUAAAUCAUUUAAAAAAUGGCUAACAUCUCAGAAAAUUUUUUAUUAAUCGUUUUAUAAUUUUAUGAUUUUCUCAAAAAUUUAAUAUCAUGUGAAGAAAACCAAUACCUACUUAAAGUUAUAUUUCACAAUAAAAUUAAUUGUAACAGAGGUUUCACCCUUUCUUUUUUUCAAACAAAAUAAAUAUAUAUUAAUUGAAUAAAUUGUUUUAGAUAUCCAUCUUGCCAAGUGAUAAAUUGAUACUAUAUUUUAUUUAGUAAUUAAAUAACUUACUGUUUACAAAAAAUCAUGACAAAUAUUUAAUUAAAAAAAAAAAAACCAUCCAUAGAUAUCUCUUUUGAUGUUUUGAGAUAAGACCAUUAGACCAUAGAGAAAACACUUCACUACCAAAUGGUGGUCGUAACUUGGAAAUUGAAAAAAAAUUGAGAUACUACUGUUUUGGUUGGGUCUAUAUAGGCAAUAUUUUGCUUUAAAUUAGUUUUUUAAUCUUCCUAUUUAUUGUAAAUUUCUAUAAGCUAUAUAAUUUAUAAAAACAUUUUCAUCUAUAUAAAUUUUUAUGAUAAUAUAUUUUAUUUAGGUUUGGACUUUAUCUGUUUUACGAAAUGAGGAUUAUCUUGUUUCUGGCAGUAAUGAUGCAGAACUACGAACUUGGAAAAUAUCAAAAACAAAUUUUGAAAAUUCUGAAAUAAAAAUAUCAGAACUUUUAACUUCAGAAUCCUUACCAAAUUUUGAUGUUAGUACUUAUUUAUAUUAUAUUGUAUAAUAAAAAUAUGUUAAUUAUAUUUUAUUAUUUCUGUGUAAUUUUCAGUCUGUUAUCAAAUGUGAAAAAGCGGGUUCUCUAAUAAAAGAAAAUCCUGGACGUGUAGUGUAUUCUGCCACAGACAAAACUAAUCAUAUUUUAUGUUGCCAUGGAAAUGGAAAAUUAUUAGAAUUGUUUCAUUUUACCGGAGACUUCCAGGCAUUAGAACGGUUUCGUAAUCGGCAACGCAAAUUUAGAAAAAAAGCGUCCAAGUAUAUUGAACAUCAUUUUUAUUAAAAUUUUAUUUAAAUAUUUUAAUUUUUUUUAUUUUGUAGACUUGGUGAAAAUAUUGAGAAUAAAGAAUUUUUAAAUGAAAAUACUCCAACUUUGAAAGAUGUAGUAAGACGAUUACCAUCCAUUUUAACAGAUUUCAAAAUUAAAUCUGUUGAUUUGGUUUUAAAUCAAACUCAUGUUAAAGUAAUAAUCAUUUAAUUCAUUUACAAUUGUAUGAUUCAAUUAUAUAUUUGAUUCAUAUUUUUAAACAGGUUAUUGUGAGUUUGGCAAAUAACUCUUUAGCAUUAUAUCAUAUAUCCUUAACAGAUAGUAAAGAUGUAAAACUAAUUGGAAAAAUAUCCCAAAAUGGCCAUAGAUUCAAUGUUAAAGUUGUAUCAUUUUGCUCAGAUAAUUUGAUUAUAUUUACUGGUGGUAUGGAAUCUGUUAAAAUGUGGAACAGGAAAACUCUUAAUUGUAUACGAACUGUGAAUACAUUAAGUCCAGUUUUAUGUUUAUGUGUUGUACCAGGAGAUAAACAUAUUUUAGCUGGACUAGAGAAUGGCCAAUUAUUAGUUAUUGAUGUAUCAGCUGGAGAAAUAUUAGAAAGCAUAAUUGCUUCUCAAACAGAUUUGAGAUCAAUUUAUAUGUUACCUGACAAUGUCAGUCAUAGUUUUUAUCGUAUUAAAUUAUUAUUUUGUGAAUGAUAGUACAUUUUUAUUCUAUUGUUUUUAGAUAAAUUGUGUUUCUGCUAGUGAUUCCAGUGUUAAAUUGUGGCAAUUAGAACUGAUAACUUUACCAGAUUCAAGUAAAAAAGUGUUGUCGUUAUUACAUUUGAAGACCUUGAAGUUAGAUGAGAAUAUAAAAUGUAUUAAAAUUAGUCCAGAUAACAAAUUACUUGCUAUUGCUCUUUUUGAUAACAAUGUCAAAAUAUUUUUUAUGGACUCAUUCAAGGUAUGUUAUAAUUUUGGAUACAAAUAUUGGUUUUAUAUAUUUAAUGCAUUUACAAAUUUAAUUUUACGAACUAUUAUCAUAAUUAAACUUAUAAUAUUAACUAUUUAAAAUUCUUUUAGCAUUUUAUAGAUUUAUAUGGUCAUUCACUUCCAGUAAAUAGUUUGGAUAUAUCUUAUGAUUCUUCUAUAAUUAUAACUGCCAGUGCUGAUAAAACUAUCAGAAUUUGGGGAUUAGAUUAUGGAGACUGCCACAAGCGCUUAAUGACUGAUUCUGCUUUAAACUGCAUACAAUUUAUACCUAAAACUCAUCAAUUUUUCACUGCUGACAAUAAUGGAAAUAUUAAACUCUGGGAUGCUGACAUUUUUGAAAGAGUUUUAACUAUUCAAGUAAAUGAAUGUUUUUUCUUUUUUUAUAAUAUGACUGUUGUGUUGCUUCCACUUCAUGAAAAGUUAUUCAGUUCAUAAAAUGAAAAUCAUUUUGUUUCGCUUAGUGAACUAUUUAACUUCUAGAGCAUGUUUGAUUUUAUUCAAAAGCAAACAUUUUGUAUUAUAGUUCUAACAAUUCAUCCAUUUAUAUUUAUUGUCUGAUGUCAGGAAAUCUUGUAAAUCUUGUUUAUUGAAAGUGUUCAUAGGUCUAGACUAGUUUUCAAUUUGCACCAUUUUUAGAAUUAAAAAUUAAAUUUAUUAAUAAAAAAAAAUACUAGAUUUAGUCUGUUGAUAUUAGGAGUUAUAGGAGUUAUUUAAAUAUUUUUUUCACAAAAGUAAAAUUUAAUUAAUUUAAGAGGAUACUACACAUGCAUUUGUUUUUUCUAAUAGUUUUAUAGAGCACUAUAUAGUAAAAGCAUCUAUUAUGAAAUUGAUCGAGAACAAUAUUCUCGAGGGAUAUUUUUUCUUGUUAUAAAAGUAGUUUUCAUUAUAAUUGGGAAAAACCAAAAAAUUAAAAUUGAUCAAUAUUUACAGCGUCCCUGUUUAAUUAUUUAUGUCCAUUUAUGUGGAUAUUAUAUGUUAUGCUAAAUAAUUCUAUAUUUUGUAUAAUAUAAUAUGUAUAUUAUAUUUCUUUACAGUAUGUUUGUCUUAGUUGAAUGUAUAACCAUACAUACCUAUUUUCAUACUAAAGUUCACAUGAGUUCGAACCCGUGCUCACAAAUAAAAUGUUUUACAUUUUUUCCCCUUUUACCUGUACAGGGAAAAACAAAUGUAUUUUAGGUGUACUAGAGACCAACGAUUGCUCAGACUAUUUUAAUCGGCAAAUCCUGCUCAAUUUUUUGUGCAAACUUUUUUUCUAGAAAUCUUGCUCCGAUUUUUAAGUGUAGCAAUUUUUCUAAAAUAAAUCAGACUGUGGAGAUACUUUAAGGAGAUCUAUUUUUUGAUUUUUCCAGCAAAUGUAAAAACUGACAAAAACUUAGAAAAAAUGGGAAAAUUGGUACAAUAUUAAACAAAUAUUAUUAAAGCAAAUAUAUUAUGCCUUUUUAAUUAUUUUACCAUAUGACAUAUAUAUUGUUGACAAAGCAUGACUAUCAACUGAACUCUGCUAAGAAUCGUUGUUUAUUAAUGUUUUAUUGUUGCUUACAGAUAAUUUAUAUCUGUCCCUUUAUAUUAGUGGUUUUCAAACUUUUAUUAUACACGGCACACCAUACACUUCAAACAAUUUUCACGGCACUAACCUUUUUUUUUAAAUGAACAAAAUUAUUUUGAAUUAGUUAUUGUAAAUGCAUUUAAUUAGAAAGUGUAAUUAAUGGACUAACAAAUAUUUAUUAAUUCUAAUUACAUUGUAUUAGGAAUUAAUUAGUUAUUAAAUUUAUUUACAAAAAAAAAAAAACGUAGUUUAUACAUAGGUACAUUUAAUGAGAAAUGUGUGCCUGAUGGGCGUUACAAAUAUUUUUAAUUCUCGUAGGAAUAGUUGACAGACAUAUUUCUUCCUCCUCUGAAUUUAUUUUUAUUUAUAAGCGCUGAAAACCCUUGUUCGCAAAAAUAUGAGAUUGAGAACGGCAAAAGAAUAGUCAGUGCUUUUAUAGAUAUCUCUGGAUAUUCUUCAGAAAUAUAUAUCCAGAAUUUAUUGAGAGUGAUCUGUUUGAAUUUCAACUGCAAUGUUUGAUCAUUUUUAAUUGAACAGAGAUCUUCUUCUUCGAAACAUAAUUAGAUUUAACUUGAUUAACUUUAGUUUUCCAUAAAUUCAAUUUUUUAAUGAAAGCCAUAAUUUUGUCUGACGAUGUUAUUAUUAUUAUUGAAAUGCUCAAACAAAUCAGUUAAGAAGGAUAAGUUUGUCCAUCACUCUUCAUCCACAAGAAAGUUGAAUUCAAAUUCUUCCAUAGUUAAAAAUACAAGUAACUCCUUUCACAAAUUGUAAAAUCGUGAUAAAAUAUUUCCCCUUGAAAGCCAUCAUACUGUACUAUAUAAAAUCAAUCUUGAAUAAUCUGCAUCCAUCUCUUCACAUAUUUUUUCGAAUAGUCUUGAUUUAAGAAGUCAGCUCUUAAUAAAAUGUAUGAAUUUUACAACUUGAUCAAGUAUAUUUUCUAAAUCACUUACUAAGGAUUUUGCCAUUAGAGCCUCUCUAUGAAGGAAGCAAUGAGUAAAAAUUAUUUUUUUUGUGAUUAAAGAAAUUAAACCUCUAAUUGAGCCAGUCAUUGAAGGUGCUCCACUAGUGCAUAUUCCAAUACAAUUGUUCCAUGAUAAAUUUACUGAAGAUAAAUGAUCGUCCAAAACUUUAAAAACAUCUUCAUCUCUCCUUGUUUCGGGCAAUGUUUUACAACAAAAAAAAUGUUCGCUAAUAUCGUCAUCAACUACCAUAUGUAUAAAAACUAAAAGCUGUGCUUUUUCACUUAUAUCUGUAGAUUCGUCAACUUGUAGCACGAACAUUGGAGAAUCACGCAACUUAUUUAAUACUUGCUGCUCAGUAUCUUAGGACAUAUCCUUUAUGCGCCUACUAAUUGUAUUAUCAGAUAUAUGGAAUUUUCAAUAUUUCUUGUUCAGCUUCUACUCCAAAGAAUAUUUUCACAAUUUCACGGCAGGCGGGUAAAAUGAACUAUUUACCUAUUGUAUGUGGUUUCAUUGUUUUAGCCACAAGCUCUACUACUACAUAGCUCACUUCUUGAGAUUUAUCAGAAAUCUUUACAUUUUUUUUCAUACUUUUACUUUGUUGAGUUUGUGAUUUUAAUAAACGUUGAAAAUAUGUUAUAUUUUUAUUGAACAAAUGAUGUUUAAGUUUACUGGGCACCAUUGCCUCAUUUGAUAAUUUUCACCAUAUACAACCACGGAGGAGGAUCAUCCUUAUCACCAAUACAAGAAAAUCCCAUUUUUAAGUAAUCUUCAUGAUACUGACGAAUAUUACUGUAUUUUGUUUUUUUUUUUCUUGGUGGUUGACUUACUGAUGCAUUGUUUUCAAUAGAACGAGUAAUACAUUUAUCCAUGAUUAUAAUUUAUAAUUAUAAGUAUAUGUAAAUGUAUAUCACAAAUGUAUUUUUCUAAAUACUCGUAUGCUAUUACAAUAGAAUUAGGAGACAAACUACUCUACGAAUACACUGCCCGGAUAUACUGCCUGGGGUCUAAUAAUAUCAUCUAUACAUUUUAUAGUUCAAUAGUUAUCUGAGAUUACUUAUCUUAAUCACUUUAUUCUAACUGUCGAUUUAUUAAUAUAUAAAUAUAUAGCAAAUACAUAACGAUAAGGAUUGAACCCAUUUUUUUUCUUAUAUCACAAUUUAUGGAAAAACCGCUGCACACUUAGUGGAUACUUGCAACACCCAGUAUGAAAACUACUCCUCUAUAUCAUACAUUCCCAACUUUUUACUAACAACAGUGGCUGCAUUUAUUGUGCGAAGUAUAUCCAUUUUUUUCCAAUUUAAUUAUAACACAGCAACUAUAGUGUUAUAAUCUGAUGAAAUGUCAGCUCCAGGAUCUGUUUUAUAACAUGUACAAACACCUUUUAGGCUUUUUAAAUGUUAUAUUGGUUACAAUCAUUUUUUCAUUUUGACAAAACUGAAUCAAUCAGUCACCCAACACAAAUAAUCCUGUACAUCUAUCUACUACAACAUUCCCAACUUUUGCAUUAAAGUAUCCCAAAAUCAUAGUCUUUGUUACUUUGAGGCAUAAAUGUCUACAUAUACAUUUUCUAUUUCUUUGUCUGACUUAUCUGCAUUUGAGGCAUAGACUUAGAUCAGAUUUUGUUUGUACCAAUUUGUACAACAUAUGAUAUAUAUUUUGUUAAAUAUUUAAACUUUUUUGUUUGGCCAAACAAUUUUAUUUACAUUAAACCAAAAUAAUUAGAAAAUUUAAUAAUGCUUAUAAAUAGCUCAAGUAUUGCAGAAUAGUUUGAAAACUUAAUCACUCUAAAAACUGGUUAUAUAAGUAUUCUGUGAAUAUUUCUGGUUUCUAUGAUGAAUAAAAGCUGUCCUAAGAUAAUGGGGAUGGGUGCAGCCACUGGUGUAGGUGGGAAGUUAGGAAUGUAGGAUACGGAUAGGAAUUUGAUGUAUAUCUGUAAGCAACUAUAAAACAUCGCUAAAGAAAAAACAAUUCUGUGUAGAGUUCAGUUAAUACUGUUGCUUUGUCAACAAUAUAUAUGUCAUAUUUAGGUAAAAUAAUCAAAUAUAUAUUAAACAUUUUUUUUUAAUAAUAUUUGUUUAAUAAUUUAACUAUAUUUUUUUAUUCUCCCAGUUUUUUGUUUUUCAUGUUGUUUCCCAUUUAAAAGGAAAAUUAAAAAAUGACUUAAAGAAGUACCUUCCCAGUCUGAUUUACUUUCAGAAAAAGUGCUAUCAUUGAAAAUUGGAGUAAAAUGUCUGAUAGAAAAGUUGUCCACAAAAAAAAUUAAAAAUCAUAAGCUUCUUUGCUCCACUUAGAAUGUAAAACUAAAAAUUAUGAAACCAUUAAUGUCAUAAACUUUCUUGUUUUCCUAACUAUAAAGAAAACUAUUUAGAAAAUAAAAUAAAUGACCCCUUUAAUCCAAUCAACCAAUUAAAUUUAGAAUGCUACAAAAAAAGCAUUAUUGUCAGAUUUGGAUGGGUGCAUGAUUUUUGGUAGAAAAAUUGUUGACACAAAUAAAAACACACUACAGUAACUACUUUUAUAUUCGUGGCUGUAUUUAAAAUUUAAAAGUAUUGUGAAAUAAUGGUUUCCAUUUUAUAAAAUUAAAUUAAAUGAACCUAAAUUUAGUUUACACUUUCUAAUCAAAUUUCAUUAAUAACUUAAUUACACUGUAUAUAUGUGACUUAUGUAUAUUGCCAUAUUAUACAUUAUCAGUUUUGUUUUACUAUAUUUUAUUUAGGGUCAUAGAGGAUUGUGUCAAAAUUUAUCUGUUAGUGAAAGUGGUAAUUAUGUUGUAAGUUGUGGUCAAGAUAAUGUAUUACGUUUGUUUGAGAAGACUGAAGAAAUUUUAGUUCUUGAUGAUGAAAGAGAAAAUGAAAGAACACAAGAAAAUGAUAAAGAAUUAGCUACAGGUGAUGAUACUAAUAUUCAGGGUGGAACUGUUUUAGCCUUAACUUCAAAAAAAACCAUUUCAUCAGAACAAUCGGUACAAAAAUACAUAUUCUAUAUCACAUUUAUGUAAAAUUAUUUUAAUUAAAAUUAACUUUUAGGCGGAAUUACUAUUAGAAUGUUUGAAUGUGAUUAAAGAGUAUAAAAAUACUCUUUUAAACAAUGAAAAUAUUAACAGUAAUAAUUUAUCUUUACCUUUAAUAAUGGAAGCAUUUAAUGUUAAAACUACAGAUGAUUAUUUAUUAGAAAUAAUCAAAAGAAUACGCUUAAGGUGGGUUUUUUUAAUAAUAAUUAAGUUUUAAUGUGCAAAUAUAUUAAUUUGAAUUAUUAUAAAUACUAAAAUUUAAUUUUUUUUAUAAUAUUCAGUGAGUUAGAAGAAGUAUUGUUACUUAUUCCAUUUCCAACUGUAUGUUAUUUUAUGGAAUCAAUAAUACCACUAUUAAAUCAAGUAUAUCAUGAAAUAGAGGUAGUUGUACGAUCAAUGGUAUUCUUAAUACAAGUCUUGCAUAAGCCAAUCUCAUCUGUUAAAAAUAUGAUGCCUAUAUUAAUGCAAUUGAACUCUCUUGCUACUAAACAAACAAACACUUAUAGAGUAUGUAUUAUUAUAUAAGUAUUGUUAAUAAUAAUUGUAAUAUAUUUGUAUUAUUAAUUGCAUUAAUCAUUUUGUCAAAAGGAUUUGGUUGGUGAAAAUUUGCACUCCUUAAAGUUUUUAAAUGAUGUUCAAAAAGAAGAGAAAUUAAUAAACAGUAUUACACAAAAUCUUGGUAAGAAAAGAAAACGUCAAAAACAAAAAUUAUUGAAAACAGUUAUAGUGAAUAUUUAA